AUGGCUUUUGGACCCGCAGACGUGGGUGCUACUUUCUGCGUACGUUGCCUCCUGGCGCGCCCCAUGUUGAGGCCCUGGCUGCUGCUGGCGGCGGCGGCCCUUGCUCAGCAGGUGGACCCCCUUGGAGAUGAGGACACCAAGAAUGCUGGCAUCCGCAUCUCAGUGAAUGGACAUGAUACCGCGCAGUUCGUGAUGCUGGAUUCGAGAUGGCGAUAUCUCUACACUGUGGACGGCAAGAGUUGCGCAUCUGUGUCAACUGACCCCGGUGACAUGGAAAGGUGCUACCUGCAAGGCCUCAAAGCUUCCAGGUACUCGGACAGCUACGGUGUCUUUGUGGGUUCUCCGAACAAUAGAGCUGUUACGCUGCGCUAUGCCACGAAGGACCCAGAUGCUCCAACACCCAACUAUGGCUCUCGCGUUUACUUGACAGAUGGUGAGGGCUACACUCAAUUUGCGCCCCUCUCGGGGGAGAUCUCUUUUGACAUCGACAUCAGCAAAGUUCCAGCUGGAAUGAAUGCUGCGGUAUACCUGGUUUCGAUGGAUACUUAUGGGAACAUGAAUAGCAUCAGCAACAGCGGCGUCAUGAAUGUUGCGGGCUGGCGGCGUGGUCUGGGUUAUUGUGACGCCCAAUGCCCUACGGACCUCCGCUUUGUGCAGGACAAAGGCUUCAACCAGAACAAUCACUAUGCCUCCUGCUGUCCGGAGAUGGACCUGUUCGAGGCAAACCGCUUCGUUUCUGCCAUGACUGCGCACCCAUGCAAGUUGACGUCGGAGAGUGUGUGCGACGCGUCCAAGAACAAGAAGUGCAAAGCGGAAUGCGACAGCAAUGGAGCUGACGUGAACACUUUUCGCGAGUAUGGCCCCGGGCAUGCUCUCUUCAACAACGUGGAUGUGAUGCUGCCCUUCACGGUUACAACUCGCUUCAUCACCGACAAUGGUUAUGCAAACGGCACCCUGGUGGAAAUCGAGCAAGAGCUGAUUCAGAAUGGCCGCGCCUUCAAGACCAGCCUCACCGACCAGGGAGCUGCCGACACGGCGGAGAAGUUCAGGAGUACAAAUCCCUUCGGACAGGUUUAUGGCGGACUGGCGCAGAUGGGCAAGUCUUUGCGCGCUGGCAUGGUGCUGGUGAUUGCACUCUGGUCCGAUGCAGGUGCAAAUAUGAAUUGGCUUCUUGGCAUCAACCACUUGCUCCACUGGCUCGAUUCCUGCGACGCAAACAAGACAGAAUACGAGUGCGAAAAGCAUGCCAAGUUCGACGAUAUUGUUUGGGAGCAGGCACAAUCUGUCAAACCUGGCAUUUGGCGUGGUCCCGUCGACUACUACCCGGACUUUGCAGAAUCUUUCGAAACGAAAGAUGUUGCCUUCAACUAUGCCGGGAUCCCUCUCCAGAUCAAACGUCAGGUGGCGUUUAGCUGCCGAGGCUGUGAGACCAAAGACGCGCCCUGUGACUGUGCCAGUGUCCCAUAUGCCUUCACCGUCAGCAACAUCGAGGUGACGCACCAACCACCACGAAAGCAGAAACCCACGAAGCCGAGUCCAUCUCCAGGUGGAGGCGGUGGAGAUGGAAGUCAUUUAGUGAUGCAAAUCCUAGUGCCCAUGGGUAUUGCUCUGGCAGUGGCAGCGUGCUUGGCCUUCCUUUGCUGCUAUGUUUGCAGCGAGGAUGAUGUGGAGAAUGUCAGAGUCAGAAGACGAAGGAAGAAGUUGGUGAAGUGCCAGGACACGUCUGAGAGCAGCAGCGAUUCUUAG